GUGCGGGUGACGUGUCCGGAUAAGACCGGCCUGGGUUCCGACAUCACCCGCACGAUAUUCGACUUCGGCUUCGUCGUCCUCAAGGGCGACUUCGCCACGGACGGCAAGUGGGCGUUCGUGCUCGUGACGGUGCGCAGGCAGGGCGGAGGCGCCGAGACGAGCGCGCCGGUGAACUGGGACCUGCUGCGCAUCCGCCUCGAGAACCUCUGCCCGAGCAAGGCGUCCAUCUCGACGCUGUCGUCCCUGAACCUGCGCUCCGUGGGCGAGGUUCGAGAUCCCCUCGAGCCACCAAAGGGAACCAUGUACAUCCUGCAGGUGGAGGUGGAGGACCGGGUGGGCUUACUCCACGACGUCACGCAGGAGCUCUGGGCGUCCGAGCUGACGGUGCACCGCGCACACAUCUCAACCUCCCCAGCGGACACGGCCGUGGACCUAUUCUACGUCACCGACGAACGGAACGAGCUGCCCGCGGAGGCGCGGGUGGCGGAGAUUUCUCGAAACGUGCAGCGCACCGCCGUGCGACAAACGUUCGGAGAAUCGGGCGGCGGCGCGCUGGCGAUGGGCGGUCGGCACUGCCGCGUCACCGUCACGCCGGCGCCCAAGUUCGUCACCAAGACGAGCAGCGCGGGGCGGCUCGUGGAGGCCAACUCCAUCGGGAAGAUCGAGACGGCGAGCGCGACGCAGUACUCGGAAGCCACCGUCACCGUGGACAAUCUCAUGUCGCAGAAGCACACGGUGUUUCAGAUGCGCACUCGGGACCGCAAGGGCUUGCUCUACGACGUGUUACGCGCGUCCAAGGACCUGAAGGUGCACAUCUCGUACGCCAAGGUGGAGCUGAAGAGCGGCGGGCUGUGCGAGGUGGACCUCUUCGUGGCGAGGUGCACGAACUUGCAGGAGCAGCGGUACCUGUGCCAGAGGUACAAGGAAAACAUCGAGAGGCCGGUGAGCGUCCAGAUCAUGACCAUGGGUCUGGACGAGAUCACCACGGAGCUCCGCGUCAUCGCGCCCCUGGACAUCAGCGGCUUCACCCGGCCGCGAGUGCUCCUGGACGUCACGGAGGCGCUGCGGCAGCUCAAGGUGAUGGUGUUCAAGGCUGA